AUGAGCAGUUCAGAUAUUCGCGACAUUUUACAGAUCAACCAGCCUACAGAACCAGCCCCUAAAAAAGCAAAACCUGUUGCUGAAAAGAGACCAGAUGGCAUCAGUAGGGAACUAUACUCGCUUAUUGGAGGCACACCACCUGUAGCAUUUGUUAAGCCAACAUUCAAAGCAAAAUACCAGACUAAAAAGAAAGCAACACCAUGGAAACAGCAACCGUUUAUAAACCCUGCAAGAGUAGAUGAUCUUGUAUUAACGCAUUGGGUUAAAGCAACUACAGAUUAUCCUUUUGCCAAGUUUAAUAAAGUGAUUGAUAUACUUGAAUACUCAGACGAAGACUAUGAAAAGUACCUUACAGACACAGACUGGAGUAAAGAAGAAACAGAUUACUUGUUUGAUUUAUGCCGUAAAUAUGACCUACGAUUCCCAGUUAUCGAGGAUCGUUAUCAAUUUGAAUCUAAACCAAGAACAAUGGAAGACUUGAAAGAUCGAUAUUACUCUGUCUACCGAAAAUUGAUUCUUCAAGGCAAAGGACCUAUUUCAGGCGAUUAUGUAUCUGAUAGACAAACAUUGGCUCAACAAUACGCAUUUGAUAAAUUAAAAGAAGUAGAGAGAAAGAAUGCAUUGAUCAUGCUGUUCAACCGUACCAAAGAACAAGUAGAAGAAGAAGAGGCUCUGUUUGUUGAAGCAAAGCGCAUUGCCUUGAAUGAAGCAAGAUUAUCACGUGAAAGAGAGAGUCUGUUAAACUCGCUGCAAUUAGAACAAAUUCAACAAAUGCCCUCUACACCUAAUACACCUUUAAAUGCUAGUCCUGGUGGUAUUUUGAGUUCUUCUCCUGGUGGUAUUGGCAUCACAGGAGGAACAGCAGGUGGAUCAAGUGAUUUAAAGAAAAAGAAAAAGACAGCCGAAGUUCAUGAACCUAAGAAAGAAAAACUUACGCCUGGUGUUUAUGUCCGAAGUCAGAAAUUGCCUAUUGUGAAGCCAACAAUGCAACCCAAGGUCAUUAAAAUCUUGGAAGAAUUAGGCAUUGGUCCUCGUCCUAUUAUGCCCACAAGUCAGAUAUGUCAAAAGUUUGAAAACCUACAGAAUUCAAUCUUGAAUCUACUUGAAUUGAAAAAAGUGGUUGACAAGACAGAAGCUGAACAUAAAGUGAAGAUACAGAAAGGAAGAGAUGGUACACCCACUGCAAGAAAACGAUCUGGAAUGCAAAUACGCUUAAAUGAGCCAUUUAUUUUAAAGAAACAAGAGGAACAGGAUAAACUUAGGCUGCAAAAUGAUCUUCAGUUGGUAUUGGCCAAGAUAGAAUACUGGAAAAUGAAAGGAAAAGGACAAGAGACUAUGAUCAAACAACUCCAAGAAACUGCUAUGAAAUUGCAAGCAGGAAUACAGCUUGAUAUAUCUCAGGAACGCACAAAACAUGAUGCACUUGCUUAUCUUGACCAACUGUAUGUGACUGCCUCUCGACUCUAUCAUAGUUUGAGUUUAACUCAACAUGAUUACCUUGCUUAUCAAUUAGCUUUACUCUAUCAAUGCAUUAAUCGACAAGGUGUUCCGUUUAUUAGCUAUAAACAAAGAAUUGAACAACGGUUUGAUGAAAUUAAACUGGCUGCUAAGUCUAUGAUUCAACCAGACCAAAUUGAAUGGUAA